GAGAAAGAGGGAGAGAGGGAAGAGAAGGAGAAGAAAAAGAGGGAGAGAGGGAGAAGAGAAAGAGGGAGAGAGGGUGAGAAGGAGAGAGGGAAGAGAAUGAGAAGAGAAAGAGGGAGAGAGGGAGAAGAGAAAGCCGGGAGAAAGGGACGAAUAUGGAGGAUGUCUAAGGCCUGGGGUGUAUGCCUCAGGAAUGUAUUUGGCAGUGGGUAAAUACUGCAGGUAGCCUGAACACACACACACACGCUCACGCCCAUCCAGUGCCACAUGCUCAUCUGUGCAGACAGUGAACCACUACUACUGUCUACUGCUACUGUACAUGGAACCACAGCUCAGGAAUACUAAUAACCACAAACCUGAACUCAUAAAGAAGGUUGUCUUACAGUAUCACCAUGGCUGUACAAGUGUCGGUGCUGUCCCUAGUCCUCACUCUAUCCCUGGGCCUGAUGAUGAGUGUCUGCAGGCCUGUGUGUGGCACCCCAGGGACAACCCAGGACCUGGACUAUGGAGGGGUUCCUCUCUGGAUCAACCGUCUUCUGGGGGAACCCUCUGUAUUCAGCCUGAGGGGCCGAAUGGACCGGGCAUGGUACAGAGCCAACAACCCCCAGUCCUGCCCUGACCUGUGUGACUGUCCUAUCCAGUGGCCCUCAGCUCUGUACUGUGACCACAGAGACCUGGGAGAGCUGCCGGACAGCAUGCUUUACAAUACACAAUACCUGUUCCUGCAGGGCAACAACAUCUCGUCCCUGCCCUCCUCCUCUCUCACCAACUCCUCAGGACUCCGCUGGCUCAUCCUGGAUGAUAACCGUCUGCAGACAGACGGGCUGCAGACCUCCACGCUGCAGAACCUGACCCAGCUCCAAUACCUGUUCCUCAACCACAAUAAGCUGACUGUCGUGCCCUCUGGCCUGCCCAGGAGCCUGCGGCAGCUCCGACUGGCACACAACCUCAUCACCAGCAUCUCCCCAGGAACCUUCGGGAACUUACAUAAUCUUACAUUGCUGCUACUGCAGGGGAAUAGGUUGAACGUGAUUACAGAGACUGACUUCACAGGCCUGGUGUCUCUUAACCUGUUGAGCCUGAGCGGGAACCUCUUCUCCUCCUUCCCCUCCCACCUUCCUCCCUCCAUCCAGCAGCUCUACCUCUCCAACAACUCUCUGUCUGGCCUGGGGGAGGAAAGUCUACAGGGCUUCACUAAUCUCAGGUACCUGCGUCUGAGCCGCUGUGGUUUAGUGAGCCCUUCCCUCCACCCCCAAUCCUUCAACCUGUCUUCCCUUGUGGAGCUGGAUCUCUCUUACAACAAGCUGACAACCAUCCCCCUGGUUCCCCUCACACUACAGUACCUGUACUUGGAGGCCAACCACAUACAAGAGUUUAACAUCUCUAGUUUCUGUCGGGAGGUGGGUCCUCUGUCGUACUCCAGGAUGAGGAUCCUUCGUCUGGACGGCAACAAGAUGUCCUAUCAUCUACUACCACCUGAAUGGGUCUACUGCCUCCGAGUCCUGCACCACAUAUACAUCUAACCCUGACCUCGUACCUCUAACCCUCUGACCCUGCCACAACCCUGCUUUGAAGCUUACCUGGAAAGAUUCUGUCAAUGAUUCCACAGGUCUGAACAUUCAGAAAUGAACACACACACAUGCACACAAGUAUGUCAUUCAAACGCACAUCCUUCAAACACACAUCACUCAUGCCCACUCGGACGCACGUUUGGACACACACAAACGCAAACAAACGCUUACAUGCUCUCAGAACAGGUCUUCAAUACUCAAUACAUUUAUUUUAUUUUUUAUUUUUUUUAUCCUCCAGGAGUAUAGCGGAGGCUCAUUUAAUGUUGUUUUGCUAGUCUCACUGUAACCACUUCAUCCUGUAACAGUCUGAUCAGUGUAUGAAGCACGUAGUCAUUCAAAUCAUCCACAAACAUCACCCACCAAGGCUUGUUAAUACAUCACAGUACUGUAGAGUCAACUUGGAGUUGAACUGAUCCAACACACACGUAUUAAUGCGCACAUUGAAUGCGUUUUGUUACUGUAAAGUUUUACAAUAUCGCCAAUGUUUUGCUAAAAGGUCAAAUAAUGUGCUUUAUCGGAUGUAUGACUGUAACGCAUUGUUUUUGCAUAUGAACAGAACAAUAAAAGUUACACCAUUAUCAA